UUGAUCAGUUAGUUCCUACAUUGCUGGAUUGGUUUAUACAGUUUUAAGAGAAUACAUCACGGUGCAAUAUGAUAACCGACAGAAAUUUGUCCGAGGACAUGACAGUUCGAGGUCAACAAACUAAGAUAUUAUUCACUUACGGGGAUGGCGACGAUUACGACCCCUUCAUAAACCGGCAGGUUAGAAAUCCGAACUCAACCGUCGGAACCUUAAUACAUCUGAUUAAGGGAUCCCUCGGAACGGGCAUCAUGGCCAUCCCUUUAGCGUUCAAAUAUGGGGGACUAAUCUUCGGAGUGAUAGGAACAGUUGCCAUUUGUUUCCUGUACAUCCAUUGUGUAGAACUUCUGGUCGGAACAUCGCAGAAAGCUUGCAAACGGCAUCGAAUCCCUACGUUGGGAUAUGCAGAAACAGCUGAAAUCGUUUGCAUCAAUGGCCCUCCCCUAUUAAGACGGUAUUCCAAUUUUGCUAGACACUACAUCGACUGGAUGGUUUUGUUUCACAGUCUUCUGACGUUUUGCCUGUUUCAAAUCUUCAUUGCUGCUUCACUACGUGACGUCACCAACAAUCAGCUGCAGAUAACGUGGGGCACCGGUGUGUACAUAACAUUGGUUACCAUUCCGAUAGCUCUUAUCAUUCAAAUACGAGUACUAAAAUACUUGGUCCCCUUUUCGGCCCUAUCAAAUGUACUGAUGAUAAUUGCUUUCGGUAUAACUCUGUAUUUCCUGCUGAGCGAACCGGUUUCGCUGGAUGAUCGAUUCUAUUGGCCGGAGUGGAAUAGAUUACCGUUCUUUGUAAGCACAGUUCUCUAUGCAGUCCAAGGAAUCAGAUACGUUCUACCCAUUGAGAACAAAAUGAAACAUCCACAACAUUUUUUGGGAACUUGCGGAGCUGCUUCUCAAGCUAUUGGUUUCUUAUCUAUUUUGUACGUUGUCACUGGAUUCUUCGGGUAUGCACGUUAUGGCGAUGACACGAAGGCCUCGGUUACAUUGAAUUUGCCAAGUGACAAUAGCUUUGCAGAGUACACACGGCUCUUGGCCGCAGUUUCAGCUCUAUUCCACAUGGGUCUUGGCUACUAUGUUCCCAUGGAGAUCAUAUGGCGAAAAAUUGAGACGAAGAUACCGGAACAACGACAUAAUUCCGCACAAAUUGCCAUUCGAUUUACGAUGAUGUUACUUUUAACCGGGAUAACGAUUGGUGUUCCUGAUUUGCAACUGUUCGUUGGGCUUGUUGGGUCCAUAUGUGCGAGCAAUCUGGUGGUUAUUGCACCAGUUGUGCUGGACACGAUGUUCAGGUGGCCAAAUGACUUCGGAACAUGUGGGUGGAUUAUUGUAAAAAAUGCUUUUCUUGGCCUGUUUGGAGUCUUGCUAUUGAUAUUCGGAACUUACUCUAGCUUAAAACGCAUAGUUGCAGCGUUCAAAUAGUAGUAUAGUAGAAUUAGUUUGUGUAUGAUU